AUGACCGCAUACGAUCACUUGACACAGUACACUGCCUCAUUCCAUGCCCAGCCCAGUCUCGUUUCUUGAUUUAAGAAUAAAGCACCUAUCUUUUUGUCCUCCCUUGCCCUCUUUCCCAUAUUCAAAUCGAUUCUUUCAGAGCUCGAUCCAUUCAUAACUCCAUUUUUUAAAUAAAUAGGUAUUGAUACGCCACGCCCGUUGCGGGAGGAGGGCCUCGUGUUCUCCGAUCCAGCCAGGAUGGUACGAUUGAGGCGGACCACAAAACAAAGCCCAGCACCGAAACUCGGCUCCCAUAUACUAGCCAUAGAGGAACACUGUCAAGUUCCCGUCGAAAGAAUCGCACUGUAAAGACGGCGAAAGAGCUGAUUUCGUCUUUGGAUGAUACCAAUAUACAGGCAACUACCCACCCUGCUAUUGCUACUGUCGAAGAAAAGCACGAUGAAGUGAGCGAACUCGCAAAUCCGAAAGAAGUCCCUAGUGGUUGGUACGGGAAGAAGGUCUUAAAAGAGAAGUAUGCCGAGAAUGGGGCAAGCAGAGGCUUUAAUAAACCAUACAACUUUAAUUCGUGGCGUGGUGGUGGUGAUGGCGGUGAUGGCGAAAAUGGUGAUAGGAAGAAGGGAAAAGAAGGCGGUAGUGGAGAUGAUGGCACAAGUGAUGGAGGGGAGAGUUCAAGUGGAGGGGGCACAGAGGCUGUGACGAAAAGAUUGGAAAAUGCAGUUCUGGAAGAAGACGAGGGCGAAGAAGACCUAGAGGCCUUUCAGAACGGUACUAUUUUAUUUCCAUUUGCCAUAUGAUAAUGCUUAUAUCUUCUAGGACAAAUCCGGGAGGCCAGCUCAGUGUACUCUCACGACUACGAAGAAGAGCUUCGCCGCCGUCUUAAGGCCAAAGAGUCAAUCCGAAUAGAAUUCCAACGAACUGGGAAUUUCGAGGAAAGGUCUUUGCAAUUUUACAAUGAGCGACUUAGACAGGCAGCAUGGAACUCUCGAAAACUACAGGAAAAGAAGCAGAAAGAAAUGGAUAAAAGUGUGGAGCAAAAAACGGAGAUGACCAGAGAACUUCGAAAUCCGAAGGAACUAAAAUUGAGGCAUGACGAUGGAAAGAUUACAAACUCAUGGACCUGGAAAAUGAACGACACGGACAUAGGAGAAUAUGUUCAUACAUAUGGCGGUGCCGGGAACAUUCGCAUGACUAAUGGAUAUCAAAGAUGUUUUCCUUGGAGUCUGAAGUGAUCGCCCCAUCGAUACCUAAUUUGGGAAAAGGAUCCUCUACAACGACCCGCGCCAAAAUAUUGGAAAAUCACCAACAACACAGUAGACUCCAUCCAUCAUGACGAAAAGGCGUUGACUGCAGAAGUGGAUCACAGUGAAGGUGGAUAUGAGAGCUGGAAAGGUCU